AUGUUGCAAAAAGCAGAGGCGAGAUGUUGCAAAAAGAGAACAGGCGAGGCGAGAUGUUGCCAGGCGAGAGACAGAACAGGCGAGGCGAGAUGUUGCAAAAGAGAAACAGGCGAGGCGAGAUGUUGCAAAAGAGAACAGGCGAGGCGAGAUGUUUGCAAAAGAGAACAGGCGAGGCGAGAUGUUGCAAAGAGAACAGGCGAGCGACAAAGAGAUGUUGUUGCAAAAGAUGCACAGGCGAGGCGAGAUGUUGUGCGAGACAGGCGAGGCGAGAUGUUGCAAAAGCAGGCGAGGCGAGAUGUUGCAAAAGAGAACAGGCGAGGCGAGAUGUUGCAAAGAGAACAGGCGAGGCGAGAUGUUUGCAAAAGAGAACAGGCGAGGCGAGAUGUUGCAAAAGAGAACAGGCGAGGCGAGAUGUUGCAAAAGAGAACAGGCGAGGCGAGAUGUUGCAAAAGAGAACAGGCGAGGCGAGAUGUUGCAAAAGAGAACAGGCGAGGCGAGAUUGUUGCAAAAGAGAACAGGCGAGAUGUUGCGAGAACAGGCGAGGCGAGAUGUUGCAAAAAGAUGCACAGGCGAGCGAGAUGUUGCAAAAGAGAACAGGCGAGGCGAGAUGUUGCCAAAAGAGAACAGGCGAGGCGAGAUGUUGCAAAAGAGAACAGGCGAGGCGAGAUGUUUGCAAAAGAGAACAGGCGAGGCGAGAUGUUUGCAAAAGAGACAGGCGGGCGAGAUGUUGCAAAGAGAACAGGCGAGGCGAGAUGUUGCAAAAGAGAACAGGCGAGGCGAGAUGUUGAUGUUGCAAAAGAGAACAGGCGAGGCGAGAUGUUGCAAAAGAGAACAGGCGAGGCGAGAUGUUGCAAAAGAGAACAGGCGAGGCGAGAUGUUGCAAAAGAGAACAGGCGAGGCGAGAUGUUGCAAAAAGAGAACAGGCGAGGCGAUGUUGCAAAAGAGAAACAGGCGAGGCGAGAUGUUGCAAAAGAGAACAGGCGAGGCGAGAUGUUGCAAAAGAGAACAGGCGAGCGAGAUGUUGCAAAAGAGAACAGGCGAGGCGAGAUGUUGCAAAGAGAACAGGCGAGGCGAGAUGUUGCAAAAGAGAACAGGCGAGGCGAGAUGUUGCAAAGAGAACAGGCGAGGCGAGAUGUUGCAAAGAGAUGUUGCAAAAGAGAACAGGCGAGGCGAGAUGUUGCAAAAGAGAACAGGCGAGGCGAGAUGUUGCAAAACAGGCGAGAGAUGUUGCAAAAGAGAACAGGCGAGGCGAGAUGUUGCAAAAGAGAACAGGCGAGGCGAGAUGUUGCAACUCGAGUGUAA